CUCGCGAGAGAAGCGAGCGCCCGUGGCGUGUGUCUCGCUCGCGCUGUGAUGACCCUGGUUAGCGCCUGGCCUAGGCCGUUGCCGCCUUGUCCCCGGCCUGUGAGGAAGUGAGCGGGCUGCGGUGAACGAAGCCGGUGACCGGGGGGCUGGGGCCGGCGGUCGGUGAGGCCGGACCUCGUCUUAGGGUAAUGUUUCUGACCACAGCACUGCUCCGAAAAAGGAUUCCUGGGAAACAAUGGAUUGGAAAAUACAGAAGACCAAGAGUGGUUACUCUUUCAAUGAAGCGUUCAAUGAUUCAAAGGCUGGAAGUUGAAGCUGAGAAUGAAUAUUGGCUGAGUCAACCAUAUAUGACACCAGAGCAGGAAUAUAAACAUAAUGCAGAGCGGAGACUUGCAAAAUGGGAGGCCUUGAAAAGCCAGAUGAUAUCUAAGUUUCCUGAACAUAGAUACGUUGCAGAUCAUUUGAAUCACUUGAAUGUGACUAAAAAAUGGACAAACUCUUAAUCAUAUCUGUUCACUUUUGGCAUAUUUGCAGUGCUCUACCAUCUGAUCUGUUGUAGGCUGUUCAGCACCUCUUGUGGAAAAUUUUGUACUUGGUAUAAAAAUGUGGGGAUAAGGAUGUGAAUCAGAUGAACAUUUGUCUUCUGUUAAUAUAUGUAGAGUUAAUGACAUUAAAAUCAAUCAUACAGGAAAAA